AUGCACAAGGACACUAUGAUGGGCCUCUUCAUGAUGGCAGCCUUGGGAGCCGUUCUUCUGGAGGUUAAUGCCAGUCCAGAUACUGAUGCCAUCUUCUUGUUUACGGAUCGUAACAAGUUAAUAGAUAAUAUCGGGAAAUUAGAAGAGCAAUGCAUAAAAAUAACAGGAGAGAACAAAAGCGAGGUCAUGGAUCGGGCCAAGGAAACAUUUCAAUCCUUUACAAUGUGCUUGUACGAUCUGGACCUCAACAGGCUACAGAUGCAAUCGGACAGAAACUGCACGAUGGCAACCGAGGUCCUGAAGUACUUCAAUGAGUUCACCAACAGAGUCCAAGUCUGCCUAACCGCCGAGGGGAAACAAACUUUACAGACGCAGUCGCGAAUUAUGGAAUCGAUCGCUUUGUUCGUGGACGAAAUGGGUUCUUACCCGAAUGUCACCAAGAAUGCUAUUGACAAUUGCAUAUACCAGUCGUUUCCCAAUCACCAUCCCGGGAACGAUUACGAAAAUCCAAAAUUCCUCAAGCUGUUCUUUUUGCCCACUUCCUGCGUGUACCUGCAACGGUUCGAGUCGUGUGUCCUCCAUCUCUUAGAAAGUUGUCCUGAGGUUUCCCCACGCAUCAUGGUCCAGUCGAUCUUGAAGACUUUGAAGAAUGAAACCGACUGUCAGGAGCUGAACGCCAUCAAUGUGACCGACUCUUCAGGACUAAUUUCUAACAACUCCUUGCAUUUAAACGGAAAUGCAACAAGCGAAGGUCCCACCAAUGUGACUGCCUCUUCGGGGUUAAAUGCUAACAAUACCAUAGUUACACCCGGAAAUUCUACAGGAGGAGGUGCUCCCAAUCCUUCCGACGAUACUGCAGGCGGAGGUACCAUCAAUGUGAUCGACUCUUCAAAGCCAAAUGCUAACAACACCUUGACUACAACCGGAAAUGCCACGAGCGAACGUCCCACCAAUGUGGCUGACUCUUCGGGGUCAAAUGUUAACAAUACUAUGGUUAUACCCGGAAAUUCUACAGGAGGAGAAACUAGUUCCGGAAAUACACCAAGCCAAAGUGGCUUUCCAGUGGCAGGGUGGGUUGGCAUCGGACUUCUAAUCGGUACCUUUUAUAACCGGCACUCGUGA